AUGCCACACGCGUUCGCGUGCGUCGGCCUCUUCUUCGGGAUCGUCGGCACGGCGCUCAUGGGACUGCUGAUAACCGGCUCCCUUCAUCUGCUCGUUAGGAUCCAUCACUCGAUGUGCGUUCGUCUGAAGAAGCCUGUCCUGUCGUACGACCAGGUGGUCGUCGCCACUUUGACCACGAGCGCACAGAAACCGUGGAUCUCCGCGCGCGCUUCAACACUCAUUGUUGAUGUCGUGAUGCUGACGUGUUACAUCGGAAUCGGUUCCGUGUACGUUGUCUUUAUCUCCGGUACCGUGCAAGAAUGUCUGAACAGUGAGAGAGCGGUCGGUCAGAGCUACUACGUUCUCGUAAUAUUUCCCUUCCUCUUUCUAAUGAACAUGGCGAGGAACCUGUCGGACAUUGCGCCUAUUUCCAUCGCCGGGAUUGUCUUGAUCCUCGUAGCCGCAAUUAUCGGGAUGGUUUACGCGUUAAAAGACGGGAUUGGUGAUACGUGGACCACGAUCGGACCCAACAUCAACUUGUAUCCCAAAUUUAUCGGCUUGGUAUUCUUCAGCUUGUGUUCGCCGGGAGUGAUACUGGCGAUAGAACACAGCAUGAGAAGGCCUGGGAAUUAUACGAAACUCUGCGGAGUCUUGAAUUGGGGCAUGGUGUUCGUGGUUUUGAUAUACAUCUUCGUCGGUGUCGUCGGUUACUUGAAGUGGGGCUCCGAGUCGCUCGGCAAUUUUAUCCGCAAUCAUCCGGAGAAUGACGGAACGACAAUAGCGGCACUGAUAAUGCAAAUGCUGGCGAUAUACUUCACGUACGGGCUGCAAUGUUACGUGCCUAUUACGAUCUUGAAGAACAAUUACGUCAUGCCGGCGAUCGAAAGGGGCACGUGCAAGGGCUCGCCGUUUCUCUGGGACCUGAUCAUUCGUUUCCUCGUCACCUCCGUCAUGUGCGUCCUGGCGGCGGCGAUCCCGAAACUCGAUCUGUUCACCGGCCUAGUCGGCGCAAUAUGCAUCUCCGCCCUGUCCACGUUAAUUCCGACCACCUUGUACAUCCUCGUGCAUCACGAGGAUUUCGGGAAAUAUAAAUGGAGGCUGAUCUUGGGCGUCUUCAUGUUUUCCGUCGCUUUCUUCGCGGCCGUGUGCGCCGUGACGACCAACAUCAUCCUGAUUGUGAAAUUUCUCAGAUACGGUCGCUAA